CCCCUGUCGCGGAGGUCUUGGCGGUUCCCCGCGAGGCGACGACAGCUCUUUUUCCCCUCCAAAAAUUUCAAGCAAGCUACUUACUUGCCUAAUUACUUGUCCACGUACCAUUGACUCACCGCGCAUGGAGAUGCCACAGUCACCCGCGCAUGCGGCAUCCUCUUCGCCUUUUCUCGACCCCGGCACCCACUCAGUCGCCGGAAGCUUGGGUGUUCUACAGUUGAAGCGCGAUCAUCUGAUCCCAGCCAUUCUCUCCGCAUCUUCUGCCGAUUCGGAUUACGCCGAAGGAAAAGUAGUGAAUACGCGCUUUGGAUCCUACCCUCACAGUACCCUCAUCAACAAGCCAUGGGGCACCCAAAUACUGGCGUCCGUUGUCGAUACAGGUUCCCGGUCCAAGAAGAGGAAACGCGAGAAGGCAGACAAUGGCGAUGACAAUGUCGACGCAGACAGGACGGGAUUAGUCAAGGCUGCGACGGCGAGCAGUGGGUUCGCCCAUCUAGUACCACCCACCCCGGAAACGUGGACUUUAUGCCUUCCUCAUCGAACCCAGGUGGUCUACACGCCCGACUACAGCUACAUCCUGCAAAGACUCCGAGUACGACCGGGCGAUCAUAUCAUAGAAGCGGGUGCAGGGAGUGGCAGCUUCACCCACGCGGCUGUAAGAGCCGUUUACAAUGGCUAUCCCACAGAUAAUAGCCCACAAGAGGGCACCGAGAGCGCGACCAAGAAGCACAAAGGAUCGACAGGGCAAGGCCGGGUGUACAGCUUCGAAUACCACGCACCCAGAGCAGAAACAUUGAAGGCCGAACUAGCAUCACACGGCCUGGACACUCUAGUAACCGUGACCAACCGCGACGUCUACAACGACGGCUUCUGCCUCGACGACCACGCCGAACCCAACGCAGACGUCAUCUUCCUCGACCUCCCCGCCCCCUGGCAAGCCCUCAAACACCUCACGCGCUCCCCUCCAUCCGCCGCCGUCCUAAACUCAGUCGCCUCCGACCCUUCAACCCCCACCCAAACCCCGCAACUCUCCUCUACAUCCCCCCAACAACAGCCCUCGACACCCUUCCGCUCCCCCCUCAACCCAAACCGCACAGUCAGAAUAUGCACCUUCUCCCCCUGCAUCGAGCAAGUCACCAAAACCGUCUCGGCCCUCCGCUCCCUGGGCUGGCUCGAAAUCGGCAUGGCCGAAAUCCAAGCCAAACGCGUCGAAGUGCGGCGCGAGCGCGUGGGCCUGCAGGAAGAAGGUCUCCGAGGCGCAAACGCAGCCGCGGCAUCCGUCCAAGAAGCCGUCCAGCGCCUCCGCGACGUCGAGGGCCGCGCAAAAGUCUUCCACGGCCUGCAAAAGGAAAAACAGCAGCAAGUCAUGCGCAGGGCCGAGGCCGCAAAGAGAGGCGACAAGGCGACUCUUUCGAAAGUUGCGGACGACGUCGCUGAUGAGGAUCUGGAGGCGGACGACGGUGGAGCAAUGAAGAAGGCGAGGGUCGAGGGCUUGCCGCCGUCUAAACACGACCGCUUGGAGCGCGCGAAGAGGGAUUUGGAGAGUAGGGAGCUUUUUAAGGAAGGCCGUCUUGUCCAUCGCACCGAGGCUGAGAUCAAGACGCAUACUUCUUACCUCGUCUUUGCGGUUCUGCCUAGGGAGUGGAGUCGAGACGAUGAGGUCGAGGCGCGCGCGAGGUGGAGUUAG